AUGAGAGGAUCUCUCCUGCGAAACUUCUCUCUAUGCGCGCGCAAUCUUCACUUGCUUCGGAACCUCAAAUCUUCACCCGCAGUAUCUAAUGGCGAUACCAGGUAUUUACGCGGCGGCUACAUCACUGAAAAUGCAUCGUUGCUCAGCCGGCUUUCUUCCGGUAUGCGAUUUUUCUCAUCGGAAAAUGGAAGCUCCGAUCCCGGCGCCAACCCUGACUCCGAAGCCGGCGUAGCCCUAACCAAAGAGAAGAAGGAGGCGACGCUCGAUGUGGAAGAUGUGGGCAAUAAAGAACUGAAACUCCAGAUAGAGGACUAUUUCAACACUGGGAACGAGGAGGUACUCCCGACCAUCCUUGAGUCAGUUCUGAAGAGAAGGCUUGUGAAGAAGCAUGAAGAAACAGAUGACGAGCUAAUGGAUGAGCUUGAGAUGAAGCCACUGGAAAACGUGAAGGACGAAGAUUUUGAAUCAGAUUUUGAGGAGCUGCAUUCAACUGAUGAAGAGAUUGAUAAUUUAUACAAUGCUAGGGACUAUGUGAUGAAGGACCUGACGGAUGACCCAUACUUCCACAUGGAUGACAAGAAAUGGGACGACAUGAUCAAGGAGGCGGUUGAGGAUGGUGACCUUGAUGAUACCAAAGAAUGUGAAGCCAUACUAGAGGAUAUGCUCAGCUGGGACAAGCUUCUGCCAGAUGAGAUAAAGAAGAAGGUAGAGAAGAAAUUUAACGAGAUAGGCGACAGGGUUGAAAAGGGUGAGAUCGAGGUUGAAGAAGGUUACGAGCUGUUUAAGGAGUUUGAGGACCAGAUGGUCUUGGAGUGUGCCAAGCUAAUGGAGGCUGAGGAACCACCUAAGUUUGGCAAGGAUAUUGCGCCUGACAACAAGGCUCUGGAUGAUGACCCACCGGGUGAAGGGCCAAUCCUCAGGUGGCAAACCCGAGUGGUCUUUUGUCCUGGAGGUGAUGCAUGGCACCCAAAGAAUCGGAAAGUGAAGCUGGCGGUGACUGUUAAGGAGCUUGGCCUGUCCAAGCAUCAGUUCGUGCGGUUGAGGGAGUUGGCUGGAAAGAGGUACAAUCCGGGGAAAGAUGAGCUCACCAUUACUAGCGAGAGGUUCGAGCAUCGGGAGGAAAAUAGAAAGGAUUGCCUCAGGACACUAUUUGCCUUGAUCGAGGAGGCGGGAAAGGCUAGGAAACUGGUGGAACAUGCUCGGAUAUCGGACGUGAAAGAGAGGCUCAAAGCCAAUCCAAAGUUCAUGCAGAGAUUGCAAUCCAAGAAGCUAGAUAAGGGAUCAAAGCCGGCCAGUGCAUGUUAA